GCGAGAUGGGCGUCCAACGAGUCUGGACCUUCUUGCUGCUGCUGCUGUCGGUGGCCGUCGCCGACCUGCGCCUGCAGACGUCGAUCCCGUUCGAGACUGACGCGUCGCCUGCCGAGGUCGCGGCCAACCGCAUGGACUUUUUGAUCAUCGUCGGCGACGUAUCGACCGACAUGGCGCGCGUCCUCUACGAGCCAUUGGUAACUGGCGCGACCAUUGACAUUGUCCUCGAAGCCGCGACGGCGGACGGCCGCUUUGAGCGCGUCGCCGCGCAGUCGCGUGCGCAUACCCAGCCCAUGCCGUACGUCAAGACCUUUGACGGCUUGGUGCCGCACCGCCAGCACCGCGUUCGCUUCGCCUUGAACGGCCACGACGUGGCCGAAGCGAUGUUCCGCACGGCGCCGACGCCGUCCGACGCCACCGAUGUCCGCGUGCUCUCGGUCUCGUGCGACCGCUUCAGCGAGGACGCCGACGACACGCACUGGUCGACGCUCGCCGCCGACAUCGCCUCCGACGAUUCGUACUUUGGCAUUGUGCACACGGGCGACCAGAUCUACGCAGACCAGCUUGUCGAUCUCGCAGUCGCCCAGAUCAAAGCAGCGUCCGCGCUGAGCUUUGAAGAAACGCUCUCUGCCUUUCGGGACUUGUACCGGCGCUGUUUUGGCCGGCCGAUGCUGCAGUAUGUGUUGCGCCGGGGCGCGCACUGGAUGUUGAUCGACGACCACGACAUCAUCAACAACUGGAGCUACGCCAACCUCGAGUCGCCGCAGCACGAAGUCCUCGUCCGCGCCGGUCUCCAAGCCUUUUAUGAGUACCAGUUCCAACUGUUGCACGAUGUCAACUGGCAAGAGAUGGAUUUUGCGCAGACGCACAACUGGUCGUCCUUGUACCUGCCUGGCCACGCUUUGCGCCGAAUCGGCAACCUCUCGCUGCUGCUUGUCGAUACGCGCCUCGAUCGCGGGCUCCAGACGACUGCGGCCGCGCCGACGCUGAUGAGCGAUCACCAGCUCCGCUUUGUCCAAGAAACGCUGGAUGCCAAAGUGGAUGGCGAGCGCUUGGUGCUCUUCACACCGCUCCCGCUCUUCUUCCACACCAAGUACUCGGCGGCCUUUGCCGAUUUGGUCGACGGCGAAAUGUACCCGGGGCUUGACGUCUAUCGGCCGUUCUUUCGACAGCUCUGGCCGCACUUGGCGCACGCGUCGCUGCUCGUGGGCGGCGACUUGCACAUGACGGCCGACACGACCGUGUGUGGUCAUGUCGGGUCGGGCAACUGGAGCUGCCUCCCGCAGCUCAUCACGAGCGGCAUGACGCAGGCGUCGACGACCAUGGACCAACUCAAGAUCAUUUCGUUUCAUUUUGCCAUCACGCAAGUGCUGCAGCCGUUCCAUUGGCUCUACGCGGCGCUCGUCCCCCGCACGCGCACCGAGUUUGCGAUGCUGAGCAAGCACGUCUACUAUGGCAAAAACUAUGGUUACGUCCGCCUCGCCGCCAACCACACCUUGUCGUACGGCGCCGUCGCCCAGCCCUACACGACGGGCGGCGCCACGCUCGUGCAGAUGGCGUCCGAUAUGCUUUCGUGGGCGGUCCACAACGCCGCGCUCUCGAGCGCCCUUUGCCUGGCGUCGUAUCUUGCCUACGCUCGGCUGCAUUCGCAGAGCCCAUAGAACCAAGUCCGCGAGGUAGUAAUAUCACAUCGAGUCGAACCAAAGUGCAGGGUGGCACUCCACAUGUUGAAGAGAUGCCUCUGCGUCUCGU